ACUAAACUUCAUUGCCCACAAUUCACGGCGCUGUCGCAUGUUGACGCAUGCGUGCAGCGGCAGGGUCCAGGGCCGGGUAUCAUGGCGACGUACGUGGACAUCCUGAAGAGCGAGUUUCCUGAGAUCGACACGGAGGUUUUCGACUAUAUCACAGGUGUUCUGGACAGCGGCGGAGCAGAUUUUGAGGAUGGGGAGGAGGUGUACGACGCCAUCGGAGGAGUCCUGCAGGAAGUGUCUGCUGACAGUAAAAACGAGGAUGACGUCAGAGACAUCUGCCUCCAGAUGUUCAACACUCUCAAACUGAACCAUCAUGGCCCUCAGAAGCAGCUGCUGUUGGACGCUCCUGUUCAGAUCUCUCAGAUCUCUGCAGACGUUUGUGCCACAGAGGACAUUCAGGGUAUCUGGAUGAUGAAACGUGGACAGAACACAACAGUGGACGCUAAGAAACUGGAGAAGGCCGAGGCGAAGCUGAAAGCUAAACAUGACCGCAGAAACGAGAAGGACUCUCAGAAGCCCUCCACUCCACUAGUCCUAGAGGAGGCGUCAGCCAGUCAGGCCAGCAACAAGAAGGACAACCGAGUGGACCAAUCAGGAAAGAACCGCAGCUAUGACAUUCGCAUCGAGAACUUUGAUGUUUCUUUUGGAGAAAGAUGUUUGCUGCAGGGGGCAGAGCUGUCUCUGGCAACAGGCCGGCGGUACGGUCUGAUUGGUCGGAAUGGUUUGGGAAAGACGACACUGUUGAAGAUGUUGGCCAGUCGAAACCUCCGCGUCCCGGCUCACAUCUCCAUCCUCCACGUGGAGCAGGAAGUUGAGGGAGAUGACACAGCUGCGCUGCAGAGUGUCCUGCAGAGUGACACGCUGAGGGAAGAGCUUCUGACUGAGGAGAGGACGCUCAACGCUCGUAUCGCCAGCGGGACUGCUGACGGGAUGGAGAGCGUCAGACUGUCAGAGAUCUACGGCAAGCUGGAGGAGAUUGAGGCCGACAAAGCCCCAGCACGAGCCUCCGUCAUCCUGGCUGGUCUCGGAUUCUCUCCCAAAAUGCAACAGCAGGCAACCAAGGAGUUCUCAGGAGGAUGGAGGAUGAGGUUGGCGUUGGCCAGAGCUCUGUUUGCUCGGCCGGAUCUGCUGCUGCUGGACGAGCCGACCAACAUGUUGGAUGUCAGAGCCAUUCUGUGGUUGGAGAACUACCUGCAGACGUGGCAGUCGACCAUCUUGGUCGUCUCUCACGACAGGAACUUCCUGAACGCCGUGGUAACGGACAUCAUCCACCUGCACUCCCAGAGGCUGGACAGUUACCGUGGCGACUAUGAAAACUUUAUUAAAACCAAAGAAGACAGACUGAAGAACCAGCAGAGAGAGUACGAGGCCCAGCUGCAGUACAGACAACAUAUACAGGUGUUUAUUGACAGAUUUCGUUACAACGCUAACAGAGCAGCUCAGGUCCAGAGCAAACUCAAACUGCUGGAGAGGCUACCUGAGCUGAAGCCCCUUGAAAAAGAAAGUGAGGUUACUUUAAGGUUUCCAGAUAACUUUGAGAAGUUGUCUCCUCCCAUCCUGCAGUUAGAUGAAGUCGAGUUUUAUUACUCCGCAGACCAGCCUCUCUUUUCUGGACUCAACCUGUCCGCUGACCUUGAGUCUCGCAUCUGCAUCGUCGGUGAAAAUGGUGCCGGUAAAACGACCAUCCUCAAACUGCUGAUGGGCGAAUUAACGCCGGUUGGCGGGGUCAGACAGGCUCACAGGAACCUGAAGAUCGGUUACUUCAGUCAGCAUCAUGUGGACCAGCUGGACCUGAACGUCUGCUCCGUAGAGCUGCUGCUCAACCGCUUCCCUGGUCGGACGGAGGAGGAGUACCGCCACCAGCUGGGAGGUUACGGAAUCACCGGAGAGCUUGCCACGAGGCCGGUGGCCAGUCUGUCUGGAGGGCAGAAAAGCCGAGUGGCCUUCGCACAGAUGACCAUGCCAUGUCCAAACUUCUACAUCCUGGACGAGCCGACGAACCACCUGGACAUGGAGACCAUCGAGGCUCUGGCUAAAGCUCUCAACAAGUUCAGAGGCGGGGUCAUGCUGGUGUCCCACGACGAGCGUCUGAUCCGGUUGGUGUGUAAGGAGCUGUGGGUGUGUGAAACCGGGAAAGUCAGACGCAUCGACGGCGGUUUUGACGAGUACCGAGACAUCCUGCAGGAGCAGUUCAGGAAGGAGGGGUACCUGUGAGGCUCCGCCCACUGACACAAAUCCCACCCCCCUCUCUUUAACAUCAUCCUGUCAUUACAGCCAAUCAGUGGAUCGGAGCAGACCGGAGGACGUUUUCCUCUCUGAACUGUCUCACCUGCUGCUGCGAGCUGAUUGGUCAUAUCUGUUCACCUGUUGAAGUCACAGUGAACUCUGACGGAGGAGGCGGAGCCAUCACCAAUCAUUUGGAGUUUAUUUAAAAGUUAACGUCACGUUGAACCUGAAUUUUGUUUUGUAUCAACUCUUUUAUCAGUUUGAAAGGACGCUUACAUUCAGAGACACUCCCCAAAUAAAGGCAUCAGAUCAUGUGUUCA